CACCAACAACCCCAUCUACGAACGAAAGAGAGAACAGACUCAUCUACAGCUCAGCAGGACGCAUCAUUGAGAAGAGCCACAGACCCACAAAUACGAUGUCAUCGCCAUCAAGAGCCCAGAUCCUUGGCCUGUACCGAAAAUACCUCGCCACCGCUCAGUCCUUUUCAUCCUAUAACUUCCGCACCUACUUUCUGCGCCGAUCGCGCGAUCUAUUUCGUUCAACCCUCCUCCCCCCAGCAUCAGCAGCUACGUCUUCUCCCUUCUCACCAGCGGGGGCCAAGACAUCCCCGGUCAGCCCGUCAACUCUCACAUCACCCGCUCCCUCGAUCCUUGAGUCAACACCACUCAACGCAGGCGAUGGGCUCAGCAACCCUUCUCAGCAUGCCGGCGGGUCAUUGGACGCGGAGAAGCUGAAGGCCUUCUACGAGACGGCAAAGAAGGAUCUCGAGGUUUUGAGGAGAGCGGCGCUCAUGAACAGGAUGUAUGAGGGCGAGAGGCUGGUUGUGGAGCACCCGCAGUUGAUCAUUGGCGGAGGUGGUGCCGGAGCUGAAGCGUCGACAGGAGGAGGUGGGCAUCCCACUGCUGGGCCGCAAAGUAGUGGAGGGGCCCCAAGCGCCAUGGGUUUCCGCCACAACAACGUCCUUCACAACAACCACUUCCGCAAGGACUGGCAGCGCCGCGUCAAGGUCUGGUUCGACCAGCCUGGCGCCAAGAAGUCGCGCCGUAACGCUCGCCAGGCCAAGGCUGCUGCCCUGGGCCUCCGCCCCCUGAAGCCCCUUCGCCCUGCUGUCCGAUGCCCCACGCUCAAGUACAACACCAAGCUGCGCGAGGGCAAGGGCUUCACCGCCGAGGAGAUCAAGGCCGCUGGUCUUCGCAAGAAGGAGGCCAAGUCGGUUGGCAUUCCCGUCGACCACCGCCGCCGCAACAAGAGCGAGGAGUCCCUCAAGCUCAACGCUGACCGCAUCAAGGCCUACCACUCUCGCCUCGUUGUCCUCCCCCGCCGCAACAAGAAGAACAAGGACAAGAAGGUCGACCUCUCCUCCAUCACCUCGGUCCGUGACACCGCGGCCGCUUUCCCCAUCCCUGCUGGUAUCCCCGUCGAGGCUCCCCGCGCUAUCACCAGCGAGGAGAAGGAGGUCAACGCUUUCCGCACCCUGCGUGAGGAGAGGGCGAAGCACCGUAACGAGGGUGCUCGUCUGGCCCGUGAGAAGAAGAAGGAGGAGGAGGCUGCCGCUGCCAAGAAGUAAGCGUGCGUGCUCCAAGCAUGCAUGUUACUUCGCCGCGGUACGAGGAGCAGAGGAGAGUAAGAGGUGGGGGCGAGCGGCUGGCAAGCCUCUUGUUGUUGGUCGUAUCGGGCCCCACCUUUACUCGCCUCUCUGGGGCGAAGGACAUCACGCUUCGUCUGCCUCGCCCAUCUCACCUUUGUCCUCUCUUCUCAGUCUUGUAAUCAUACACCCCACGAAACCACAACGGCUCUGAUGCGUGACGCGAUUCACAAUAGUCUCGCAGCGUUGCAAAGCGUCGAGAGGGGCAUUGCGUGCACUGGCUCGCCUCGAGUGACG